CCCGCCCCUUUACGACACCAGUGGCGUCAGCGGGGUCCUUUCAGCCACGGGAAUUUAGACUGGCUAAAGUUAUUCGUGUGUUAUUAAUCAGAUAGUGUAUUUGUUGUACAUCAUUAACGAGUUUGUGAGAGUCAGAACAUAACAAGGGAUUAUAAGUUAUCCGCUGGCUGUUGUUACGGUUAUUGCUGUAGUAGUAGUGAUUAGAGUUGCAGCCCUCCAUACAACCUGACUUUAAUCUGCUAACCUUGGCCUUCCUGUAUAUUUACCUUCUACUGAACCGGGCCCCCUGAAUACUCCCCUGGACAGUGCUGAACUGGACGCGCACACCAUCUCUGUGAAAUAAAGUAUUAAGUUGGGAAUGCACUCAGUUCCAGUUGCUACAGCCUGCACCAUUUACCACAAGUUUUUCUGUGAAACCAACCCAGAUGUAUAUGACCCAUAUCUUGUCGCUAUGUCAUCUGUUUACUUGGCAGGCAAAGUUGAAGAACAGCACUUGCGAACUCGUGACAUUAUAAAUGUCAGUCACAGGUACUUUAACCCUCACAGUGAGCCAUUAGAGCUGGACUCCAAAUUUUGGGAACUAAGGGACAGCAUAGUGCAGUGUGAGCUUGUAAUACUGAGAUUACUCAACUUUCAUGUUUGUUUCCAGCAUCCUCAUAAAUAUCUACUUCAUUACCUUGUGUCAUUGAAGAACUGGAUGAAUCGACAUGUUUGGGAGCGGACACCACUGACUGUGACAGCAUGGGCUCUGCUACGUGAUGUGUAUCAUAGUAACCUCUGUUUGCGCUACCAGCCUCAGCACAUUGCUAUAGCCAUUCUGUAUGUCACCUUGCAGUGUUUUGGAGUAGAAGUGCCAGGAGAUGCCGAAGCUGAGAAACGGUGGUGGCAGGUCUUCAGUGAAGAUAUCACAAUGCCAAUCAUACUUGGGAUUAUGUCAGAACUGAUACAGACUUAUGGCCUGGAUAGUGAUGUUUCAUGAUGGAACAUGGGUGGCAAAUAUGGAACAAAAGAAAAACUGAUGCGGAAUUAAAAGCAAAAUUAUAUUUGCUCACAGCACACUGAUAUUUAUCUGAUAAAAACUUGUUUUCAAAUAACAUCAUAUGACAGCAAAACCUGCUACACAAUGACGUAACCUGUGGUGGAACAAUAUUUCUCAGAAGUGAUUAUGCUGCUGGCAAAAAUGUCUACAGUUCAUAUUGAGAAGAUUACCUAGGAAAGACUGCAGUAACCUUUACAUAAAUUGAGCGGAUUUGGAGGCUAGUUUCAUGGAAACAGGAUAAGCUAUAUACAGUUCUAUAAUUUUAGUUAUAAGCAUACUUCACUACAAGUAAAAUCUGGAAAAGGUUUCCCAUGCUGUAUUGUUUAUCUGUAUUAUACUGCUUCUGUUACAAAUAGUUUUGUAAUGCUGAAUUAUACAAUGAAGGGGGCCAUGACCAGCUUAGAAAACUCUACUUGUGCUUCGAGAUCAGAAACUAUAUGACAGUUAAGCAGAUGGCUUCAAGGCCAUGUAAGAUGUGCUACACAUUAUUAUCUUGCUUAUGAGGCAGGUUGAUCUAUGAGGUCAAGCACAUAGCCUCCAGAUUCAUUUAAAAGGCUACCACAGUGUGGAAUGUAGUGUUGAAUAAAGACAAUCUUUCAUAUUGUC